UCCGAUGGCUGCAAAUUCUGUGAAAGUGGCGCUCUCUCUCAACUGAGGGAGCAGAGAGUGGCGCCCAUGUAUCAGUGAUGCUGUGUAAAACAGACAAAAGAAGAUCAAUCAAAAACCAUUUCUUUCUUUCACUGCUGCUGCUAUGCAUUUUCUGUGUUUUUCUUGGUACCAAGAAAAGAGAAAAAGAGCAGAGAGAGAGAAAGAAAGGAAAUUAAAGUGUGUUCAGAGAGAAAAAAUAGUAGGCUCCCUUCAAAACCCCAUCAUUGUGUCUUCAAUUCAAAGCUAAAAGAAGGCCAUUGAUGUGAUUGCCCACUUCUCACACACCCUUUCUCCCUCUUAUAGCGUUCCCAUUCUCUUCUUCUCUACCUCUGCUAUUCUCCCAGGAAUCUGCUAUAUGCCCUUUUCUACUUUCCUCUUAAUUCAGAUUUGAUCUUUACAUUCAUUGGAGCUUUGCUACUAUGCUCAAGCAAAUUCUUGCGAAAAUUCCUAGAAAAUCAUUGAAAUCUGAUUCUCUGGACUCAUCUGGGGCUCAACCAAAUUCUUGCAAUGAUCCUACGAACUCGGGCAAUGGGAUGCAGUUCACUAACAGCUGCAAUGUCAUAGCGAACCGGCUAAAUGUAGUGAAACGCGUGUCAUCAGCAAUUUUCCCCGCCAGCAUUGUGGCGGGAGGGGAAUCCAUUUCGCCACAUUUGUGCUUUAAGGAUGUUUCGAAUGGCGAGAAACAAGGCCUGCUUGUGAGUAAACUGAACCUUUGCUGCUCGGUUUAUGAUUUCGGUGAUCCAGACAAGAACGCAGCUGAGAAAGAUCUGAAGCGUCAGGUAUUACUCGAGCUCAACGAUUUUGUUGCCUCGGGGUCGGUGAAAUGCACCGAAUCAGCAAUUGCUGCAGUUUGUAGAAUGUGUGCGGUUAACCUGUUUAGAGAUUUCCCACCAAAGUGUGCCUCCCAUGCUCGGGGCGAGAGCGAGGAUGAAGAACUGUUCUUCGAUCCCGCCUGGUACCAUUUACAGCUCGUGUAUGACCUGCUCCUUCGAUUCGUAAGCUUAUGCUCGCUUGACCCGAAGGUGGCCAAGAAAUUUAUAGAUCAUUCUUUCAUAUUAAAAGUACUAAACCUAUUCGAUUCUGAAGACCCAAGGGAAAGAGAGUGCUUGAAAUCAAUUCUUCACCGGCUUUAUGGAAAAUUCAUGAUGCACAGGCCUUUUAUCAGAAAGGCUGUCAGUAAUUUGUUUUAUCGCUUUGUUUUCGAGACACAACGGCAUAAUGGGAUUGCAGAGCUGUUGGAAGUGUUCGGGAGUGUGAUUACCGGUUUUGCGUUGCCAUUGAAGGAGGAGCACAAAGUGUUCUUUUCCCGAGCUUUGAUACCUUUACACAAGCCAAAGUCGUUGGGCGUCUAUCAUCAACAGCUAGCGUACUGCGUUGUACAAUUUGUAGAAAAGGAGCAAAAUCUUGCUAGCACUGCGAUAACGAGGCUCUUGAGAUAUUGGCCCGUGACAAAUAGCCAAAAGGAGUUGAUGUUCAUCAGUGAGAUAGAAGAGGUUUUGGAAAUGAUAAGCGUCUCCGAGUUUGAGAAGAUCAUGGUGCCUCUAUUUCGACGUAUUGGAUGUUGCCUCAAUAGUUCCCAUUUCCAGGUGGCGGAACGAGCACAUCUCUUAUGGAGCAACGACAGCAUCCUUAACCUUGUUAUGCGUAACAAGCAAGUGAUCAUGCCCAUUCUUGUGUCGGCUUUAGAGAGGAACAGCCAGAGCCACUGGAGCAAACCGAUCCUAAACCUGACACUAAACGUGAGAAAAGUGUUCUCCGAGAUGGACGAGGAGCUCGUGCUCGCCUGCCAAACUAAAUAUGAGGAAGAAAAUUCGGUGUCGAAUGGUGCUGCUGAGAGGCGAAGGCUAACAUGGGAACGCCUCGAGAUGGCUGCUAGUUAUCAACCCGUGCCUAGCGAUCUUUCAGGUCUAGCGAAACCGCACACAUGCCUUGUUAGCUGCUGAUUGAUCAAUAGAAGGCAUCUCUUAGCUCAUCCCUCUUGGUUUUUGUUUAUUUAUUAUUUUCUUUUUGGUUUUUUGGGUGUGGAAAGUUAGACAAGCAUUGUCUGAUCAGAUAUGGGUGUACAUAGGAGUCCUCCACAAGGUUGGUUUUUGCUUAAAACAGUGUCAAGUAACUUUUCUGACUCUUAAACUGAGUUGCAGUUUGGCUCAAUCCACACCUCCUCUAACUGAGACAA